UGCAUAUGCUGUGCGCGGCCUGACGCCUGCCUAAGCGGUUCCGCUCGUUUCCGUACCCGGGGCGCGAGGGCCGGAGAGAGGCUGUUGUCGUUGUCGUAACUGCCACUGUUGGUGAGGGGUUGGCAGGCAGGCCGGCCGGCCUGUGAAGCAGGACCGCCACCACGAUGCCUACCGUGGAGGAGCUGUACCGUAACUACGGCAUCUUAGCCGACGCCAAGGAGACCGCGGCCGAGCACAAAGAUGCUUACCAAGUGAUUUUGGAUGGUGUCAAAGGAGGAGCCAAGGAGAAAAGAUUAGCAGCACAGUUUAUUCCAAAGUUCUUUAAGUAUUUUCCUGAGCUGGCAGAUUCAGCUAUCAACGCCCAGCUGGACCUUUGUGAAGAUGAAGAUGUUUCUAUUCGGCGCCAAGCAAUCAAGGAAUUACCUCAGUUUGCUACAGGUGACAACCUUCCUAGAGUUGCAGACAUCUUAACCCAGCUUCUACAAUCAGAUGAUUCUGCAGAAUUCAACUUGGUUAACAAUGCUUUGCUUAGUAUAUUUAAGAUGGAUGCUAAAGGAACACUGGGUGGUUUAUUCAGCCAGAUUCUUCAGGGAGAGGAUAUUGUGCGAGAAAGAGCCAUCAAAUUCCUCUCCACAAAACUCAGAACUCUGCAAGAAGAAGUGUUAACAAAAGAAGUAGAGGAACUCAUAUUGACAGAAUCAAAGAAAGUACUUGAGGAUGUGACAGGUGAGGAGUUUGUCUUAUUCAUGAAAAUUCUGUCUGGCUUGAAAAGCCUGCAGACUGUGAGUGGGCGACAACAGUUGGUUGAAUUAGUCGCUGAACAAGCUGAUCUCGAACAAACUUUCAAUCCUUCGGACCCCGAUUGUGUGGACAGACUCUUGCAGUGUACCCGCCAAGCAGUCCCACUUUUCUCAAAAAAUGUUCAUUCUACAAGAUUUGUCACUUACUUCUGCGAGCAUGUGCUGCCAAAUCUAAGUUCUCUUACCACCCCAGUUGAAGGCCUUGAUAUCCAGUUAGAGGUACUGAAACUGCUUGCUGAGAUGAGUUCCUUCUGUGGAGACAUGGAAAAGUUAGAAUCAAAUUUAAAGAAGCUUUUUGAUAAACUACUGGAAUACAUGCCACUCCCUCCAGAAGAAGCUGAAAAUGGGGAAAAUGCGGGUAAUGAAGAGCCCAAAUUGCAGUUCAGUUAUGUGGAAUGCUUGUUAUAUAGCUUUCAUCAGCUGGGCCGAAAACUUCCAGACUUCCUAACCACCAAGCUGAACACAGAGAAAGUUAAAGACUUCAAAAUCAGACUCCAGUAUUUUGCUAGAGGACUGCAAGUUUAUAUCCGUCAACUUCGUUUGGCACUCCAGGGCAAAACAGGAGAAGCAUUAAAGACAGAAGAGAACAAAAUUAAAGUGGUUGCAUUGAAGAUCACAAAUAACAUCAAUGUUUUAAUCAAGGAUCUCUUUCACAUCCCCCCAUCAUACAAGAGUACAGUCACACUCUCUUGGAAACCAGUUCAGAAGUCAGAUGUUGGACAAAAAAGAGCCAGUGAUGAUGCACCUUCAGACUUGCCAGCAAAGAAGGCUGCAGCAGGACCAAAAAGAGAUGCCAGGCAGAUUUACAAUCCACCCAGUGGGAAAUACAGUAGUAAUCUGGGGAAUUUUUCUUAUGAGCAAAGAGGUAGUUUCCGUGGUGGAAGGGGGAGAGGAUGGGGUGGACGUGGUAACCGCAGUCGUGGAAGGAUCUACUGAAACCUGUGGCACUUUCCCAAAGCUGUUGUGGUGAAAAAAAUCAUUAAAGUGUGAAAGAUUUGCCUGGAGGGCUGCAUUCUUUAAAGACUGCCUUCUGCGAAAGACUCAUUUAAAUGUUCUUAUACCUUUGUAUGUAUGAUCUACUUUUCUAAUGGACUACAAACUCUCCCACAGUGAAGCUACAACUGUAUUUUUGGAUGUUUAGCAGCUGCAUUUUUAUUUUAUGUUUGUUCUUUUUAAGCAUCUUCAGGAUUUAUUCAGGAAAAAGCAUGGGUGUUCCAGCUCAAGCUGCUUCAGUAUAGAUGUUACAUUCAUUUCUAAAUAUGUUUAAUACAAAGCUGACUCCUUAAUGUAUAAUACUAUUCACAUGCUAGCAGUGGAUGAAAAUACCAUAACUGCAGCUGAAAAUCAGUAGCAGUCUUUCUCCAGACAAAAUCAUAUUUUUUGCAAUAAGUGGGGAAGAGUGAUAGUGCACCAACAAAAAAAGUGUAUGGUCUUAGUGUAUGCAUUGAUUAGGUAGAAAUCCUUGAUUUUAAAAUGUGCAAAAUGGAUGCAGAAGAAUCUGCUCUUAACAUAUGCUAGUUCAUCUACUUGUGUGGGAGAUUUGCAGGCUCUAACACCACAUCUUGCUCUUCUCCAUAUAUUGUAAUAUAAUGUGUGUUUUGCAAAUGGCUUUUUAUGUCCUUUAUAAAUGUGUGUGUGCAUGCGCAUACAUAUAUGCACAUAUAUAUGUGUGCCAUAAAAUUCUAAGGAAAAAAGAAGAUAAAACUGUUGGAAUGGUAAUCCACAAGAACAUGAAGUUUGAGAUGCUAGAGCAAUUCUUGAGCAAUCUGAAGUAAGCAAGAAUAGGAUCCUGACUAUUUGUUGUUACCGAAGCAUCAGUUAAAAUGGCUGUUUCUAAAUGUUAUACAUGGCAUUAGAACUUAAAAUCACAAUCACUCAGCAGCACGUGGGCAAAAACCUCAGAUCUCUUGAGAAGUGUUAAUGUGAUAGUGAGAUACUACUUAUAACAGGCAUCCCAGUAGCUUUAUUUGAAAUAAUAUGGUUUAUGAAGUUUGAUUUUUUUAAAUGUUUUGCAUUUAAACAGUUUAUUUUUUAAAGAAUGAAAAAUGUAACAGGAUGGAAAAAACUACACUGCACAAAUUCUUAACUUACCCAUCUUCAAGCAUCCUUUUAAGGAAUCACAAAUUCCUUCUUCGCCUUGUCCAUAUUUUCUCUGUAGAGUUUUGGGGCCCUUACUGUAAACCAGAUUUUUGUAUUUAGAUAUUUCAGUCAAGCUCUUAAUGUGUGUAUUGGUAAAUUAUAACUAGUUUAUAAAACGGACAAAGAUGUCAUCUUAAUUGUGACUUGAUAAUUACAAGUUUUGUUUCUUAUAGCUAGCACAACCUUUUUUUGUAAAAGAGGUGUUUAUGAACAGAGCAGUUAAAGAGGUCAGUUUGUGAUUGUAUUCUUGUGUAAGGCAAGGAGAUUUUAUAAGUUCCCACAGCCUAAGUGAUUGAAGAAAAUACAUUCUAAACAAAACAAAUAACCAACUUCUCCCAUUAACGUAUUGGUCUAGAAGAUAACUGGUUCAAGAUAAUAAUUGAUCAUUGAUCAUAAUAGAUCUUGACAUUUUUUUUGCUAAUUCACUAUGAUUAUUUUGGCUGUUAUGGCAAUUUGAGGGUUUUUUUCCUGACAAUAUGAAAGUCUAAUUUUUAUAGCUGUUCGAUCACUGUGCACAAGUAGCUUGGAUGGGCAGUGCCCCUUGAAUUACAAGUUGACUGUAGAUAUUUCUACCCACAAAUAAUGUGCAGAUUGUCCUUAGAAAUAGCUAGUUUGCAUUUUGUGUUGCAGAUGCAGUGAAUUAUUUCGGAAACAUCUCCUAACCAUUUUAUUUGUAAAAUUCCCCUAUUCCUUUGCAAUAAAUCCAUUUUGUAAUUUUUGUUA